GAGAGAGAGAGAAAGAGAGAGAGAGAGAGAGAGAAAUGGGGAGGAGCCCAUGUUGCUCCAAGCAGGAAGGACUCAACCGAGGAGCCUGGACUGCCUUAGAAGAUAAAAUACUCUCUGCUUAUAUUAGAGCUCAUGGAGAAGGCAAAUGGAGAUACCUCCCCAAGAGAGCUGGUUUGAAGAGAUGUGGCAAGAGUUGUAGACUUAGAUGGUUGAAUUAUCUAAGACCAGACAUUAAAAGAGGUAACAUAUCUCAUGAUGAAGAGGAACUCAUUAUCAGACUCCACAAUCUUCUUGGCAACAGAUGGUCUCUAAUAGCUGGAAGGCUACCGGGGCGAACAGACAAUGAAAUCAAGAACUACUGGAACACAACCCUGGGAAAGAAAGCCAAAGCUCAAACAUCUUCACCACUUGCCGAACAGAGUCCCCCGAGCAAAUCUCAAGACAAAAAGUUAGCCACUAAACCCAACAGUACUGCUGCUGAGCCAUCGAACUUAGCACAGGCUUCAGCAACUCCAACCCAAGUAAUCAGAACCAAGGCCAGGAGAUUCACCAAAGUGCUAAUCCCAGCAUUACCAUCUCUCAAUGAACACCACUCUCUCAACUCAACAGCCAUAGACCCAUUAAAGCCUCAAGCUCUUCAAAGUCAACUACAAAGUUAUCAUCAAGAUUCGGCUAAGUGCGAAGUUCGCGGUGGAACUGAAGAGCUACACGAGACCUGUGCUCAAGACUCGGAUUUCUUUAAUUUUAGCUGCAAUGAGUUCCAAGCAAACAAUGGAGAUAGAAAUGGGGACUGUAAUUUCAACAGCUCUAACAUGCAAGGUCCUGACCAGUCCCUACCUUUCGACGAAACAAUGUUCAAGGAUUGGACCACAAAUUAUUGUCUUGAGGACAAUUUCAAUUUGGAUAUAGAAUCUUUGACAUUUUUGCUUGAUUCUGGGGAAUGGCCAUGAUCCACGUACGCACUACACACCGUAUAUCAAACCAUCUAUAUGUUAGAGUAGAAGAAGACGCUAGAAAACUUGUUCACAAAUAAUUUUAAUUAUCUGCAUUUGUCUUAUUUGAAACUUCUGUCCUGAUUCCUGAGUGAUUGUGCUCACCAAAAAAAUAGUGUCCAGGGUGAUUUAAACUGAUUAUUGUUAGUUUGUAACCAUGUCAAAAUAGAGUUUUUAUUUUUUUGAGCAAAUGCCAAAAUAGAUUUUGGGUCAA